AUGGCCGACUGCAGCUUGGGCAAGGAGAACUACGUCUUGCAAGAUGAUGGUGAAGAGCUCGCAGUCGGCAACAGCGGCCUUACCGCUGCGGCUGUGACUGCAUCGCCACCGAAGGCUGCAGUGCAGGCCCUGGCAGCGAAAGUCCUGGGAAAGAGCAGCCUCAGCCGCAGCUCUUUCAAUGCAGGAUGUGCUUGGAUUGGAGUUUCUCGUGAUGGCUAUGUUCCCCAAAAAAACACCAGCCUCUGCCUUGAGUGCCGCAGAGCGGACGAGGCAGCACGUGCUCAGGUGAAAGGCACCCCACAAGAAUCGACAUUCAAAGAGCUCAAAGCCGCCGGCAACGAGGAGUAUCGGGCACGGAUCAUGGACUUCAGGAAACGGCGCCCCGCUAAGGGGCGAGGAAAGGGCAGGCAGCGCUUCGAUUUCACUACCUGGUUCCGCACAGUAGAAAGUUAUAACGAGGUGAAGAACGAUGCCCGAUGCCGAUUUAUGCCCGAAGUGUACUACCUGUCUUGGGCACAAAGUCCUGAAAGCGGGUGUUACACCCCCCUGGAAGCAAAAGCACGCUGGGAUGCUUGGUACGAGGACUUGUCGGUUGCUCGGGACAAGCUUGGGAAAGAUGGAGCCGAACGGCUCUUGAUCCACAUGUUCGAUGAGGCCCUAGGCAAGUCAGUCAAGAACGCCACCGACGAGCAGCUGUCAGAGCUGGACGCUCUCAGGAAUCUGGGUCACGACAGCUUCAGCUCGGAUGUCUUCGAUGGCGUGAAUGGUGCAGGACUUUCCAAUGCGCUCCGUGGCAGCAGUUCCUUGGCCGAGGGCAAGCACAACACGGCCGCUUUGGCUCCUGCGGCUAAUCCUGAGCCGGAGUCUGAGGAGAAUCAGAAGAAAAAAACGCAAGACCGACAUGCAUGCGAUGCAAGUCAAUGA